CAGACCUCUAGAAGGCUCCACAUCAACAACGUCCUCGGAGUAGGAUGGCUGUCCUGACUCUUCAUCGGUCUCGACCUCCUCGUCCUCUUCCUCUUCCUUUUCCGCCGACUCCGGAUCUUCUGGCCUCGAAGCACUUUCUUCAAGCCCAUGCUAAGGACGACUGCCCAGCACGCCCUCGGUCAACUCGAACUGACGUUCGAGGGAGAUAAGAAUCCCCACCUUCGCAAGGUUCUGUUUCGUACACAUCGCAUAUACGUGAGGCGUCUUGGGCCGGCACUCUUCCAGGAGUUUCUGCACAUGCGCGAGAAGCUCCGGAGUGGGGUUAGAAUGAGGAUGUCGAAUGAAAGUGUGACAGUCGGGAAACCUGGCUUGGAAAGGGUGCCGGUCCCUGGGAAAGCCAUAGAUGAAAACGAGCUUGGCCUUCUAGAGUUUCAGGGACGUAUGGAUGACAGCCAUACCACACUCGGCUUGAGAAGAGACAACAGCAUACGAGUUUCCCUCAAGUGCCCCGACCUUGGAAACCUUGAACAUGUACCAAAACAAAUUCAAGGAACAUGGGACUCCCCUCAGGUGACACUUAAUCAGGAAGAUUGAGAAACAAUAAUAGGAGUGGGGACUA